AACGGGACUGAGGAGCACAGAGGAGCCGUCAAAGGGAUUUAUUUCCCAGGGUGAUUUUCUACAGAACUGCACCAGCGCACUCCAGGUGUCAGGAUGUCAUCAAAGGUCACUGCAGAGGAGAUGGAGGAGAUCAGGGAGGGCUUCCAGAAAGUGGAUGUGGAUGGUAAUGGGUACAUCUGUGCCUCUGAACUGGGUGAACUUUUCCAGGAGGUGGGUUGUCCGCUACCCGGAUACCAGAUCAGAGAGCUCCUGCAGAAGCUGGACCGAGACAGAGACAGCCAUAUCAGCCUCGAAGAGUUCACCGCUAUUUUUGGAGACUUGAAGGAUGACCGUAUGGCCAAAUGUUUCAAAAAAGCUCUCAACAAGAAGGAAGGUAUCGUUGCAAUAGGGGGCACCAGUGAGAUCUCUAGUGCAGGAACUCAGCAUUCAAUCUCUGAGCAGGAGCGCUUUGCCUUUGCCAACUACAUCAACACAUCUCUGGAGGAUGAUCCAGACUGCACACAUCUGCCCAUCAACCCAAACACUGGAGACCUCUUUACUGCUGUGGCAGAUGGCAUCCUGCUUUGUAAACUUAUCAAUCACUCCGUACCCGACACCAUUGAUGAGAGAACCAUCAAUAAGAAGAAACUCACAGCUUUCACCACACAUGAGAACUUAAACUUGGCUCUGAAUUCAGCCUCGGCCAUCGGUUGCCAGGUUGUCAAUAUUGGAGCUCAAGAUCUGAAGGAGGGAAAACCUCAUCUGGUGCUUGGACUUCUCUGGCAGAUUAUAAAGAUAGGACUGUUUGCUGAUAUAGAGCUGAGCCGCAAUGAAGCUUUAGCAGCUCUACUGGAAGAAGGAGAAACCCUGGAGGACCUGAUGAAGCUCAGUCCUGAAGAGCUGCUGCUGCGCUGGGCGAACUUCCACUUGAAGAAAGUCGGGAUGAGCAUCUCAAACUUCUCAAGUGAUAUUAAGGACUCCAAGGCAUACUAUCACCUGCUCGAGCAGAUCGCUCCAGAUGGCACCAAAGAGGAUGUUCCCCGUGUGGAGAUUGACAUGACUGGCCUCUAUGAGAAGGAUCUGUCGAAGAGGGCCGAGUGUAUGCUGAUACAGGCCGAUCGACUCGGCUGCCGGCAGUUCGUUACUCCUGUCGAUGUUGUGGGUGGAAACGCAAAGCUCAACAUGGCCUUCGUAGCCACACUGUUCAACAAACACCCAGCUCUCACCAAACCAACGGACCAAGACUUUUAUGUGGCUGGUGAGACCAGAGAGGAGAGGACUUUCAAGAACUGGAUGAACUCCCUUGGAGUCAGUCCACAUGUUCACCGUAUUUAUGGUGAUCUGCAUGAUGCCUUGGUGAUUCUCCAGCUCUAUGAAAAGAUUAAGGUACCAGUGAACUGGGAAAGAGUCAACCGUCCUCCGUUCAAAGGAGCAGCAGCACAUUUAAAAAAGAUAGAAAACUGUAACUACGCUGUGGAGCUGGGUAUAAAAAAAGCAGGCUUCUCUCUGGUGGGAAUCGCAGGACAAGAUCUCUACGAUGGAAAUCAAACUCUAACCCUGGCCCUGGUCUGGCAACUAAUGAGGAGGUACACCCUAAACCUCCUUGAAGACCUUGGAGAGGGAGAAGUAGCAGGAGAUGAUUUGAUAGUUGCGUGGGUCAACAAGACUUUGGCUGAGGCUGGAAAGAGUUCAUCGAUCAAAAGCUUCAAGGACAAGGCGAUCAGUACCAGUAUGCCAGUUCUGGACCUGAUUGACGCCAUCCAACCCAACAGUGUGAACUUUGAUCUAGUUAGAACAGGAGAACUGACAGAUGAAGACAAGCUGGACAAUGCCAAGUACGCGGUUUCCAUGGCAAGAAAGAUCGGUGCAAAGGUGUACGCCCUGCCUGAGGAAAUAGUAGAGACCAACCCCAAAAUGGUGAUGACCAUCUUCGCCUGUCUGAUGGGAAGAGGCAUGAAGAGGGUGUAGAGGGGACACAUUCUGGGUGGAUCAAACAGGAGGAGAGGGAACAUAGUUGUAAUGUAUUUUUUUAAUUCUCAAGAUAGAAGUGUUUCUUAAGUCGGCUAUUCUUCAUUUUUAACUCUUGAUCAUUAAAGUAAACUGAAGCAAGGGGCUCGAAAGGAUGUGAGAGAUGAAUUUUCAACAGUUAAGUAGGAAUUCAGCAAUGGUUGCAUUAUAAAGAAUAUGGGUUUGUGGGUGUUUUUGUUUUUUGUUUUUUUUUACUAGAUCUUACCUGUACUUUUAUGCCAUAUUUUGGCCUUUUAGAGGGACUUUCAUACUGUCCACAGAUAUAGAUGAAUAAUAAGUCCAAUCCCAUUUGUCCUCCUUGGCCCUAACCAUAUGGGGUCCCAUAUCCUUUGGGGCUCAUGGUCAUCUCGUCCUCCAAAUGGCCCCCAGAGAAGAGCAUUUUCAGAUUAAUUUUGCCAAAAGGAGUGGAAGUAGAAAACUGCCAGACUGUUGUAUGAACUGCAGUUAUGGUCAUAGGUGCAGGGAAAGAAACAUACAAAUAUCUUGGUAAAUGUAGGUGGGAAUAAUACCUGCAUCACAGAGGAAACUGUAACAGCACCAAACUGAUUCAGCCAUCGGAUGAGAAAUUUACAAUGUGAAUCCUGGGAAUACUAUAAAAUCUGAAUAGCUUUAAUGCUCCAUCAUAUUAUAUACUAUGUAAUGUGCAGUGAGCUUCAUAUCAGGAUCCUACAUCACAUUGCUGGGAUUCAUUUCAUUGUGAUGGCCUGCACCGGUACCUUUUCCCAAUUAUUACAUAGCUGCUAUUUAAUUAAGUAGAUGAUUUGACCUCAGAUUAUUUUAUUGACUAUAU